AUGUUAACCCGGAACGGUUCUGGGGUCAUUAACUUACAGAUACAAAUUGGAUUCCCAUUCCACAGGAUCGGAAAUGGGAUAUGUGGAAAAGAGGAAAAGAUGAACUUGACCUGUUUUUUGUUUGUUUUUUUGAUUUUAGGUACUAAACAGAAAAGUACCUUGAAACAGGAAGAUGCUUCUAAAAGGAAAGCAGAACUAGAAGAGACUGUGAGAAAGAAGAUUGAGUUUGAGAGAAAAGCUCUACAUAUUGUUGAACAACUUUUAGAAGAGAAUAUUACAGAGGAAUUCUUAAUGGAGUGUGGGAAGUGUAUCACACCUGCUCACUACAGCGAUGUCGUGGAUGAACGUUCUAUUAUCAAGCUCUGUGGUUAUCCCUUAUGUCACAAGAAGCUAGGAAUAGUACCAAAACAGAAAUAUAAGAUUUCUACCAAAACCAAUAAAGUCUAUGAUAUUACUGAAAGAAAGUGUUUUUGCAGCAAUUUUUGUUAUAAAGCAUCUAAGUUUUUUGAAGCACAAAUUCCUAAAACUCCAGUAUGGGUUCGAGAAGAAGAAAGGCACCCUGAUUUUCAGCUGCUACAGGAGGGACAAAGUGGCCAUUCUGGAGAAGAAGUACAGUUAUGCAGUAAGACCAUUAAAGCAUCAGAUGUUGACAAUCCUGGUCAUAUUGAGAAGCAAUAUGAAUCUAAUUCUUCUAGCAUUCAUAGUGAUAGUAGCAGUGAUAAUGAGCAAGACUUUGUUUCCUCCAUUCUACCAGGAAACAGACCAAAUGCAAAGGGUAUAAGGCAACAGCUGCACAAAAAUCCUGAAAAUAAAUACAAUAGUUCAGAAAUAACUUUAGUAGGCAUAAGUAAGAAAAGUGCUGAACAUUUUAAGAGGAAAUUUGUCAAAUCAAACCAAGUUUCUAGGUCAGCUUCUAGUUCAGUGCAGGUGUGUCCUGAAGUUGCGAAGGCAAACUUACUUAAAGUUCUGAAGGAGACUUUGAUUGAGUGGAAGACAGAAGAAACUUUGAGGUUUUUGUAUGGCCAGAAUUAUGCUUCUGUGUGUCCAAAACCCUCUUCAGACCCUCUGGUUAAAGAAGAAGAGCUUGAUGAAGAUGACAUAAACUCUGACCCAGAUAGUCAUUCCCCCACCUUGCGGGAAUCUCAGGACAGCUUGGAUGAGUCUUUGCCUUUCAGGGCCUCAGAUACAGCCAUCAAACCACUGCCAAGUUAUGAGAGCUUGAAAAAGGAAACUGAAACAUUAAACCUAAGGAUCAGAGAGUUUUAUAGAGGACAGUAUGUUUUAAAUGAAGAAACCACCAAAUCACAAGACUCAGAAGAGCAUGAUCCCACCUUUCCACUGAUAGAUUCAAGUUCUCAGAACCAGAUUAGAAAACGCAUCGUACUCGAAAAAUUGAGUAAAGUAUUGCCUGGACUUUUGGGACCUCUUCAGAUUACAUUAGGAGAUAUUUACACACAACUUAAAAAUCUUGUUCGAACUUUCAGAUUAACCAAUAGAAAUAUUAUACACAAACCUGCAGAAUGGACCUUAAUUGCUAUGGUGUUGCUGUCAUUACUGACACCGAUUCUUGGCAUUCAGAAGCAUUCUCAGGAAAAUAUGGUGUUUACACAGUUUCUAGCUACCCUGCUUGAAGAAUUACAUUUAAAGAAUGAAGACCUUGAAAAUUUAACCAUCAUAUUUAGAACCGGCUGUUAAAUAGAGUGAUGUACUUCAUGAAGAAUGAAUAGAA